GUGUGUAGGAAGAAGGCAUGUCCUAGUUCCCUUUCAGUGGCGUCUGCUUGUGUCACAGGGCUGUCAGUCACGUGUCAAGAAACCGGUGUUUGGGAACAUAAGCCAUGUGCGAGAAAUUUUAGAGAAACCUUACGAAAUGUUACCUGUCUAGACCUGAAAAUGAGAGUCCUGGAGGGGACAGGCUGGGUCUGCUGCUUGUUGGCUGCACUGCUGCUGACAUUCGCUGCGGCAAACAACCACAGUGGGGAGACAGAGACCCACCAUGCGAGUGCAGGACGCCUCCUCUUGCUGAAGUGUCACUUUGGACAUGCUCACAACAACGUGACCUGGAGCAGAGCAGGGACUCAGAAUGGGAGCCUGCCCAGUGGAGUGGAGGUCCGGGCUGGGCUACUGUGGUUUCUACCUGUGCAGACUUCUCAUGCUGGAACCUACACCUGUGUGAAAAGGUACAAGACUGGACCAUUGAAGAGGAACUUUGGGUUGUCGGUGUCGUCCGGAGAGUGUCCUGAUCCAUCUGAAAGCAUUUCAACCUCGAGCGGAGUCAGUCCAGGUCUUCCCUGCAAACAGAGAGAGAUCUUCCACCUGAAUAACAGCAAGAGCAUAAGAUGGAUGAAGGACUGCCGCCUAAUUAAGCCGAUGUCUUUGAAGGAGGACGGCUACAUGCGGCUGCAUCCGGCCUCAAAGGAGGAUGCUGGGAAUUACACCUGCCUGGUCGAUGUUAGCCUGGAUGGGAGGACCUACACAGCAGCACGUAGCAUCCAGCUGACCAUGACAGAUAUUACAAAAAUUGCAGAACCGGAGCUGCUGUUCCCAAGAGGACAAGUGGUCCUGGUUGAAGUGGGUAUGAGAGCCGAGCUGGAGUGUAAGGCCCUCAUAGUUGGAAGUGAGGACCAUAUCACCUACAUGUACUGGACUAUUGGUGGGACAUUCACUGAGGAGCAUGAGGGACUCAAGGAGUCCUGGAAAUUUAUUCGUGAUAGUGGGAAGGUGUACGGUCUGUCCACUCUGUCCAUCUCUAAGGUUCCUCGUCUCUUCCUCGAUGUCCCCAUUCAUUGCCAUAUAAUGACCCGAACAGGAAAGAAAGACGGAUUGGUGCUGCUUCAAGAAGCCGACCACAGUGCCUUCUACACCACCAUUGCUCUGUGCCUUACUGCCAUCGUAGCCUCUCUGGCCCUGGCUGCUGGCUUCCUCUUCUUCAAAAUAGAUGUGGUGUUGGCUUACAGGAAACUGUUGAGAUAUUUUUCCAAACAAGCUCCAGAUGGCAAACUCUACGAUGGUUAUGUGAGCUUCCUCCAUCCAGACACCCUGAGCUCAUCUGAGACAGAGAACUUUGCCCUGCAUAUCCUGCCUGAGGAGCUGGAGAAGAAACAUGGCUACUCCCUGUAUAUCAGAGGACGAGACGACUGCCCCGGAGAAGCCUUGCAUGACGUCAUAGCUGCUACUCUCCAGAAGUGCUGCAGACUGAUCAUCAUACUGUCUCAUGAGACAAAAUCUCCCACUGAAGUCCAAACAGAGGAAAUGUCACCAUUAUGCGACGACCAAAACCAGCUGUGCUACGAACAGACAAUAGGCAUUUACGACGCUUUGACGCAGAACGACACCCGAGUCAUCCUGGUGGAAAUCGGUGGCCCAGUGGAUUACAACCGCCUGCCAGAGUCUCUUCACUACAUCAAGAGGAAACAAGGAGCUCUGAAGUGGGAGAAAGCCUCACCAGGAACCCACAGUCUCAGCAAGUUGCACUCAAACAGAAAGUUCUGGAAGAAGCUGAGGUACCACAUGCCCUCAGUGCCCGUAGGAAACACCAGACAAUUAUUUAACCCAAGUGAAAAACUUGAUCCAGCCUCCAACAUAGAUGUGAACUUUGUUACUUCGUGAGAGGGCUGCUUCCUGAGGUCUGACAUGUGGAAACCAGACUGCAUCCUGAAACGCACUGUACGCCAUUACGGGACAGCCAGCAUCAAGAUUUUGUUAUCAUUACUGACUACUAAACACUGAGUCUUUGACCUGCUCGUUUCCCAGCUACGCAAGCAUUUCCACACUGUGUGCAAGGCAUCUGCUGAAUUUCUUCUCCGUACUAAAGAUUUUUCUUAAGAAAGACACUGAUGCACAUAUUUCUCCAGAUGGCUUUGCGGCAGUGUGAGUGUGUUCACAUUGAUGAGCUGUAUUCACAUGGGUGUGUGAGUGGUUUGUUUUCUAGUCUUGAUGACCACUCAAACCACACCUUACAGAGUGGUGACGACAUUUUACUCUACUAUUUUUUCUCUUCAGGACAUAAUGGCUUAACACGAGGGCUCUCAGUAUCAUUUACUAGAACGCAAGCCUAUUUAGGCAUCAGUAUAUUUUUAUAUUUAAGAUAUUCUGUUUCAGUUAUUGCAGAUAGCUUUUUUGAUUUUAGUAUAGUAUAGUUUGUCUCUACUUCUCUGACGUCUUCUCUGACGUCCAAUGAAAGUAACCAAAUGGUUCGAAGAAAGAGAGAAAACUUUUCAAGAAAACUUUUCAAGAUGUUAACUUGAUUUUCAGUAGUUAAAUCACAACUGAAGAAACUGGUUAGAUAAUCAGAAUGAAAUGAGUCUCACCUUUGGCAUUGUUCUUCAGCUGCCUCCUUCAACUUUUACUAUGACAGAAAACAUUUGUUGUCCAUAUCUAACCUGUGAUUACAGAUUUAACCUCCUAACUGUGUGACCUCAUAUUCUCUUGUUGCGUAUGUCAGUUAUCAUAAAAAAUCAUUUUCCUCUGCUGUUGUAACAGUGACAUAAUCUUAGUCUGACUGGAACCUUGUAAUUGUUGAAGGAUUGGGGAGAGUACAAGGGGAAUUUCCUCUAUCUUGUUAUUUUAAAGGUUAUUCAAGAUUAUCCGAGGUCCCAGUUUCUCUAGAUGAGCAAUAUUUGGCUCAGUUUUAAGAAUAAGUGACACUGAAUACAUAGACUGACUGAACCAAGUUCAAUUUCAAGUUGUGAUUUCAACAUCUAAAGGCAUUGCUGUUUUUCACCUGAUCGGAUUAGUAGGACGUUGGUAAAAAUGGACCUAGAUCCAUCCCAAAUUUGUAUUGGUGCUUCCAUGGCCCAUGUGAGAUGCUUGAAUCCUGUCUCAUGUUGAUGUAAGCUGAUUAGAAAACAGGUUUAGAUUUCUCGUACUUGCUGACAGAUGUCUUGUGUCCAGCAGCAACAGGAAAUAACUUCUUUGGAAAACCACUUAAGCUCAACGGCCUCAAACCACCAAUUUACCAUCUGAGUAAAAAAAGUAUGCGGAAAUGUGCAAAAACACUGAGCACAAUUCCUAGCUUUGAAUUCAAAUUUCAAUAUUUCAACUAUAACCACACAUUCUCAUACAGGCUUUAUUUGUAAGAAAUGCUAUGAGGACAGACUGACAGACUCUGUGAAUCACUGACAGACUCUGUGAAUCUUCAAGAAGUAUUUCCUGUUCAGCCUUUCAGAGAAACAUCUUAUCUUUGUUAUUUUAUCACUUCAGAACCUCAGAUAUCCUCUGCAGGUUUCUGAGUGCAGUCGAGUUUAAAAUAUAUACAACCAGUCAUUAGGAGAACAAGUAUUCAGGCGGAUAACUGCUAACAAUAUGAGAGUGAUUAUUUUUUAGGUAAUGUCUUGGCUUUGCCUCUGGAGCUGGUAAUGGGAAACAGUUGUCUUGGCAGCUCCACAUUGAGGAGAGAAGUACUGUUUUAAAAACUGCAAACUCUAAAAAUAACUAGGGAGAAACCAUUUACUCACUGAACAAUGAGGUAUGUGUUGUUUUUGAGCGACUUAUGCAUUACAUCUUUAUAUUUUAGUAAAAGUACACAGGUUUUAUGAAGGCCAAUCAUCCCUGAUUACUCCUGCAAUAACUGUGAUUGUUUUUUGCAAAUCUUAUAUUUAUAUUUAUUAAUGUCCCUAGCUUUACCUUUGCAAACAACUACUGCAAUUUAAAUGCCAGUCUCUUUUUGUCAUCUUCUGUAUUCAGUCUUUUGUUCUUUGCUCUAUUUGCAAUGCCCUUUAAAUGUUGCUGUAGCACAAUGCUUUCCCAAGUUGGGAUCAAUAAAAAACAUCUAUCUACUCA